AUGUCUACAGAUGACCCUUUCGCCUUCCUGGGUGACACCAAAGCCACUCCCCAGCGGAAACCGACUACGAAGCCUCGAUGGCGAGAAAAACUAUUUUCGAAGGAUAAACAAACCCCCGUUCGUUCGAAUACUGUAUCGUAUGGAUCUCAUGGAGCUCACUCGACUGCUGGGGCUUCGCGGGGACUUCCAACGCCACGUUUAGAUGUCUCACAACGGUGGCAGUCAUCGUCAUCCCAAGAUGUUUCAGAAGCCUCUCCCAUCGCGAAACCCGCUUCGGCUACCGAUAGCUACCCAUCGAUGAGCUUUCCAAGGGCUCCCCCGAAAAACCCCGCUCGGAAAGGCCUGCGAGUCAAGUUCACUGAGAGGGCGCCCGAGCUGAUCGGUGAGGGUGGUGACGAAUCGGAAACGCCCACGGUGGUGAUAUCCAAGAAUCGCAAUCGUCAAAACAGUCACGGGUCAAGUCAACAAGGAGACAGGCUGGAUUCUCGUCAACCAACACUCCCUCAGCUUCACCUCGAUACCUCUUUGGGAGGCGGGUUUGCAUCACGGCAUCAGCGUACGAACACGCAAGACAAGAUCAACCCCGCAGCGACCAAGCCGUUGUUUUUACAGAGUCCUCAGGAUUCGGAUUUUCUCAUGACACUAAACAUGGGCCAGCCCGGGUCUCGCUUGUCAUUCCGAGCGUCGCCAGAAUCCAGUACGUUUGCGCAGCGAGUCCGGGAUAGGAUGCAAGCUGAGGAAGGUCGUGCUCUGCAACAUCGUUAUCAAGAUCCCCCGUCACCGAUGCCCGAUAGUCCAAGCUCCGAGUAUGAAACGCCUCCGAUUUCAGAAGACGAGGCCGAACCAGAAGCCAACCCUUUCCGAAGCCCUGCCAGCCCCCCAUCGCGAGGACCAGUUUCUCCGCCGAUUGAGCCUACGUUACCUUCUGGCCUCACCCCCGCUAGUGUGACGAUGAGCACCUCGCCUCCAAAACCGCUGCCUCCUUCGAGGGACUCUGCCAUGGAUAGCCCAGGUCGCCCGAGCAGUCGAGACAGUCGUGACGCUCCACGAAACCCUCAAGUUCCCAAGAUGUCCUUACGAUCUAUCGCUAACCAGUUUGGUGACGCUGCUUUCACGGACCUCAAGGCUUUUGUAGCGCAGCACGAAAGCCUCAUUAGACAUGAUGCAGAGAGGAAGAAGUCCUUGAUGGAGUAUUCGCUCACAGAGUGGGUGAGGGCUGCAGUAUGGUGGUUUAUGCGCGGGAAGAAAACACUUGAGGUGUACGCACGAUCUCGCCCCUCGAGCUCCGGUUCCAGUCCGCAGCAGUCAAGCUCUACGGAAACCGCGAAACAGGCCGUGGUUGAUCUGGGUAAAGCAUUGUGGAUAUGUGAAAACGUUAUUCCUAAACACAACGAGUUAGCCCGUUACGGCGCGAUGAGCGUCGACGCCUUGCUAGCAGUAGCAAACACAACCGGCGACAAACGCUUAGCUGACCUCCUGGGCUUGCACCAAACGAUCUUAAAUCACUUGCGCUCUUUGGCGAUGUCUAUCAAAAGGAACAAUAUUAUUACCUCAAUUGAUGCCACAGGCGGUGCAGGAAUCCAGGCUGACACCAGUAUGUGGUUGAAGUAUCCUGCCUUUGCUCCAGAUGUCUCAGCGAUCCUUUCUGGCACUGCCACGAGGUCUAUGUUGGUCGACAAAUCUGGAGAAGGGCCGAAUCUGGUACAGACUAUGCCACUAGGUGAUACAAGCCGAUAUUUCAGCUAUGGAAGCAUGUUUGUGAAGGUUAUGGUGAGCUCAAGUGAGGAUGGUACUCACCAUAACGAACCUCUGCCGUGCGUAUUGUCAAUUAUCCGUGACCGGGCCGACUGGUACGUGUUUGCCUCAAUUACCAGUCAGAAUGAAUUGGUCAAUGUCAUGAUACAGUCAGAUAAGAAAAAGGGCCCUACAUGGAAAGAUGUGCACUGGCGCGUGCGAUCAAGCUUCAUGCAGGUAAAACUUCCCCGUGGGUUCCAGUUGGAUGUUAUGUUCCAAGAGGAUGAUUUCAAAAAUCUGUGGAACAUUGUGCAAUAUACACAGCAAACCGAAGCUAGUUUGCAGCCGAAAUCCGAUGAGACUACAAUCUAUGAAACAACCCUGAAGGUUUUCCAAUACAUGGAUCCUAGCAAGAGCAAGGCGUUCCCUGCCGAACCUAUUGAGCGCUGCCGCGUUCGGCUGUUUGAGCGCUCCAUGACCGUGACCGAGGGCACUGGUAGCCGCGAAUUACACCAAGGCUACCGUAUCGCAGUUCUCACAAGCCCCAAGGUCAAGACGCUCAGUAACGUAAGCCACAUCAUUGGUCAUAAUGCACCAAUCGUGUUUGGUCUUCUCAGAGGCGAAGAUGGAGCACCGGCUCUCAUGCUCAAAGUCAAACAGGAUGGCAGGAGUCGUUCCAUGCUAAUGACGUUUCACGACGUCGAGGAGCGUAGUGUCCUGCAUUCUCUCCUACUUGGGAUGACAACCAAAGAAGGGGAGAUUAAGACACCUGACAUUCCUAUCCGCGCCUACUCGAUCGAACAGCCAGCUGAUCGAUUCAACGGUCAGCCGGAGACAGCCCACUUACAAUUUCCUGCUGGUAGUGUGUCGGUUAUUGACCAGGAGCACGCUUUUGUCGACCAUCAAUAUGGCCCAACUAUUCUCUCCGAACAUCUACGGGCUUUCGUGGCGACAGAAUGGGGAUCUGUAACGGACCGUAUCAACCUUGGGCCUGGAGAGUUGAAAUUGGGACUGGAAAUCAACAACCGUACGGGCCUUAGUCUGUAUCGGCCCGGACAACAUGAUCUGACCGUUUCAAUCGCCGAGAAUCUCACAACUCCUGAAAUGCCAGACCGUUUUGCGGAUUUCAUGCAGGUCGCGAUGGUGAAGCCAAUGGUCCGCCGGUUUGACUUUGCGACUGUCAAAGACCUUCACAAGUUUGAAGCCGCUGUCACGGGAUUCAACGUGCUAUACGAC